CCGGCCUCGGCCCCCGCGCUCCGGUCCCGGCCGCACGCCCCCGCCGAGCCCGCCGCCCGCGCCGCCGCCAGGCCGGGCGCCCACCAUGCCGCGGGCCCCGGCGCCGCUGUACGCCUGCCUGCUCGGGCUCUGCGCGCUCGUGCCCGGGCUCCCAGGUCUCAACAUAUGCACUAGUGGCAGUGCCACCUCCUGUGAAGAAUGUCUGCUCAUCCACCCAAAAUGUGCCUGGUGCUCCAAAGAGGACUUUGGCAGCCCGAGGUCGGUCACCUCCCGGUGUGAUUUGAAGGCAAACCUGAUCAAAAACGGCUGUGGGGGUGAGUUUGAGAGCCCGGCCAGCAGCACCCAGGUCCUGCGGAGCCUGCCUCUCAGCAGCAAGGGCUCCAGCUCCGCGGGCUCAGACGUCAUUCAGAUGACGCCGCAGGAGAUCGCCGUGAACCUGCGGCCCGGGGACAAGACUGCCUUCCAGCUGCAGGUUCGACAGGUGGAGGAUUAUCCCGUGGACUUGUACUAUCUGAUGGACCUCUCCCUGUCCAUGAAGGAUGACUUGGACAGCAUCCGGAACCUGGGCACCAAGCUCGCUGAGGAGAUGCGGAAGCUCACCAGCAACUUCCGUUUGGGGUUCGGGUCUUUUGUAGACAAGAACAUCUCUCCUUUCUCCUACACAGCGCCGAGGUACCAGACCAAUCCGUGCAUUGGUUACAAGUUAUUCCCAAACUGCGUCCCCUCCUUUGGGUUCCGCCAUCUACUGCCUCUCACAGACAGAGUCGACAGCUUCAACGAGGAAGUUCGGAAACAGAGGGUGUCCCGGAACCGUGAUGCCCCUGAGGGUGGCUUUGACGCGGUACUCCAGGCGGCUGUCUGCAAGGAGAAGAUCGGCUGGCGAAAGGAUGCUCUGCACUUGCUGGUGUUCACAACGGAUGAUGUGCCCCACAUCGCGCUGGAUGGAAAGCUGGGGGGCCUGGUGCAGCCGCACGAUGGCCAGUGCCACCUGAAUGAGGCCAACGAGUACACUGCAUCCAGCCAGAUGGACUAUCCAUCCCUUGCCUUGCUUGGAGAGAAACUGGCAGAGAACAACAUCAACCUCAUCUUUGCAGUGACGAAGAACCAUUAUAUGCUCUACAAGAAUUUUACAGCCCUGAUACCUGGAACAACAGUGGAGAUUUUAUAUGGAGACUCCAAAAAUAUCAUUCAACUGAUUAUCAAUGCGUACAAUAGCAUCCGGUCUAAGGUGGAGCUGUCAGUCUGGGAUCAGCCUGAGGAUCUUAACCUCGUCUUCACUGCUACCUGCCAGGAUGGUGUAUCCUACCCUGGUCAGAGGAAGUGCGAGGGCCUAAAGAUAGGGGACACGGCAUCCUUUGAGGUGUCGGUGGAGGCUCGGAGCUGCCCGGGCAGACACGCGGAGCACACGUUCACCCUGCGGCCCGUGGGAUUCCGGGACAGCCUGGAGGUGGGCGUCACCUACAACUGUAAGUGUGGCUGCAGCGCAGGGCGGGAGCCGGCCAGCUCCAGGUGCAGUGGCAACGGGACUUACGUCUGCGGCCUGUGCGAGUGCAACCCCAGCUACCUGGGUACCCGCUGCGAGUGCCAGGAAGGGGAGAGCCCGAGUGGGUACCAGAACCUGUGCCGGGAGGCGGAGGGCAAGCCGCUGUGCAGCGGGCGCGGGGAGUGCAGCUGCAACCAGUGUUCCUGCUUCGAGAGCGAGUUCGGGAAGAUCUAUGGGCCUUUCUGCGAGUGCGACAACUUCUCCUGCGCCAGGAACAAAGGAGUCCUCUGCUCAGGCCACGGUGAGUGUCACUGCGGAGAAUGCAAGUGCCAUGCAGGUUAUAUUGGGGACAACUGUAACUGCUCAACAGACAUCAGCACGUGCCAGGCCAAGGACGGCCAGAUCUGCAGUGACCGCGGGCACUGUGUCUGUGGGCAGUGCCAGUGCACGGAGCCAGGAGCCUUUGGGGAGACAUGCGAGAAGUGCCCGACCUGCCCGGAUGCUUGCAGCACCAAGAGAGAUUGUGUCGAGUGCUUGCUGCUUCACUCAGGGAGCCCGGCUGACAACCAGACCUGCCAAAGCCUGUGCAAGGAUGAGGUGAUCACACGGGUGGACACCAUCGUGAAAGAUGACCAGGAGGCUGUGCUUUGUUUCUACAAAACUGCCAAGGAUUGUGUCAUGAUGUUCACCUACGCAGAGCUCCCCAGUGGGAAGUCCAACCUGACAGUCCUCAGGGAGCCAGAAUGUGGAACCGCCCCCAAUGCCAUGACCAUCCUCCUGGCUGUGGUCGGCAGUAUCCUCCUGAUUGGGAUUGCGCUCCUGGCCAUCUGGAAGCUGCUUGUCACCAUCCAUGACCGGAGAGAGUUUGCAAAGUUCCAGAGUGAGCGAUCCAGGGCCCGCUACGAGAUGGCUUCAAACCCUCUGUACAGAAAGCCCAUCUCCACACACACCGUGGAUUUCACCUUCAACAAAUUCAACAAAUCCUACAAUGGUACAGUGGACUGACGGCUCCUCAGGGGGCUGGAGGGAGCUGGGGAUCAAGUCAGAGACUGACAUGCUGUGGACAGCUGCUCGACUCAGUCACGGCUCUCUAGAUAGACAAGCA